CUGGUGUCACGUGACUAGCCGCCGGCUGGCUCCGCCGCCGCCGGGGCGCAGCAUGGCCCGGGAGCCGGUGCCGUGCGCCGUGCGGGCGGCCGUGGCGCUGCAGGCGGGGGACGUGCAGACAGACCUGGCCCUGCCCGGCGUGGCCGUCAUCGACGUGGCCUUUCCGCAGGCCGGGGCCGUGGGCUUGCAGGAGAUUGUAUUUAAAAAUUUCUACACGGCUUUCCUGACCAUCCGGGUGCAGCGUCGCAGCCCUGCGGAUGUGGCUGGUGAGGGCCCCAGGAAGUGGGUCACUUGCUUGCGGAAUUACUGCCUCAUGCCCAACCCGCACACAGAGGAGGGUUCUCAAGAUUACUUCUCUGUCUUCAGGCACCAGAUGCUUUGUGAUGUUGAUGAGGUCAUGGCAAUACGUAUGAUUUUGCGACAGCCCUCACCAGUCUGGCUGCACUUCACCAUUGAGGAGUUGCAGAUCUACCCUCGUGGCCAGGAGAGCCCCCAUAAAGACUUUCCAUCUUGGCUUUCCCAUCUCACCUCUCGGGAGCAGCCAGCAAACCUGCAUGGGAAUGGUGGUACUUUGUGCUGGGGAAAGUGACUGUCCAAGGGGCAGACCAAGCCUACCGGACUGGGGAGACCAUUCAGAACUCACCACAACAGGGAAAAGGAGUGCAAUCAACCUGUGCAGGCCCCUCCACUGGACUGCUGAGCCCUCUCUGGCAAGCUGGGAUAUAGUGCUCUUCUAACACAUGAAGUAUGUCCAAGGAUGGACAAUAGCUCCCUCCUCCAGGUUAGACUCUCAGAGAUCUCUUUACUGCACUGAAGUUUUCUGAUUGCUCCAGUCAUUCAAUCACCCUUCUUCUAGGCUUAUGCAGGGCAUGAUGCAAUGGCACUUCCUCCACCCUGUCACCUCAUCCCAAGGGAACAGAGCAGGGAGGUCUCUGCAACAUAGAAUAUUAAUGCUCAGGGAGCAUGUGCAGGGGUUGAUAUCUCAGAGGGGAAACUGGAGACAAUAGAGCUAGGUAGUCAGAAAAAUAGAACUAAGCAGAGAGAUCUGGGUGCAGUGCAGCCCAGAGAGGUGGCUGGUUAUGAUUCUCAAGGAUCAAGUGAAGGACAGGGCAAGCAGGGAAUGGGGCUGAUCCUGCCAGCACUACAGUACCCGAGUGAUCUUCCUUGGAAUGAGUGGAAUAACCCAUGUGAACAAGGAUUCACCAGGUUGCAGCUCAAAGGGGUGAUCUAAGAGAACCCUGUUGUAUGUGUAUGGGGAUGGCAGAGCAACCAUGCAUGGCAUGGAGAUAUCCUGUUCCCUCCUGCACUGCAUGACUGGGUGAGGUCUUAGAAUAGAGUAACCCUUGUUUUUGAACCCAGCAGGGGUUUCUGGAGCAAGUGCAGGGUAGGGUGUCUGUUUUAGAAAGGCUGAGGAAUGGAACCUGGUGUCGCCAGCAAGGCUGAGCGUUCAGCUCAGAGAUUACAGAGCAGAUGACAGACUCCAUUUGGAUAUCAUGGUGUGGAAUUCCACAGGUUGUCCAAGUUGGGAUGUGAGCAGUAGUAAAUGACCACUGUAUGCAACCAACACAAGUCAUUAUUAUCUGGAAAAAUGUUUGAAUUGCCUCUCAUAUGAAAUGUAUCUCUCAUUAUUUGGACAGUUUUACAGACAGCAAAAGGUGAAACAGCCAAAUGCAUUGUUACAAAUGGUUUUCCUGGCCUUUGCAGGCAGAUGUGUGCAAAGAAUGACGAGCAGGGAAUGGCUUCAGCAGAGCAAGCCAAACGGACACAGAGUGGCGGGGGAGGGAAGGAGUGUCGCAGGGCUGGACACGGUGUGGCGGCUCCCUCUUCCCUGCCUACCUCCACCUCCUUUCCCCAGAGCAGUGGGGCUUGCAACCAUCGCCUCCCUGCCUGAGGUGCUGGUGGCAGCAGAGGCUCCCUCCCACUGCCUGCCUCCACAUCCUUCUCCAGAACAGCAGGGCUUCCAACCGCCUGGCUCCCUCUCCCCCACCCGCCUCCGCCUCCUCCCCUGAAGCAACCACAACCACCUUCCUGCUUGAGGUGGCGGUGGUGGCAUCGGCUCCCUCCCCCUGCCAGCCUCUGCCUCCUCUGGCAGUUGCAAGCAGCAGGGCAGCCAAUCGCCACCAGCCCUCUCGGUGGCACAUGCACAGUUGCCCAAAAGCAUUAUGCACAGACAGACAGACUAAGCCCUUUAUUAUAUUAUAAUAUUGCAGUAGGGCCUAGAGCGAGGGCUGGCAAUGUGUAGCCCAUGGGCCAGAGAGAGCCCACAGAGCUACUGAAUCUGGCCUGCUAAGCUGGAAGGAUUUGCCUGUGCCCACACCCAUGCUGGGGCUGGGUAGCUGGAAGCUGUGUCCAUGUCACUGCCAUUUUCCCCUGACCCUUGCUCUCCAGCGGCAGCUCAGGUUCUAGCCAUUUGGGAAUUGAGCUGGCUGAGGCUGGGUGCCUUCUAGCUGUGCCCAUGCUGCAGUCUUGGGGGGUGGGGGUGGAGAUGUGGGAUGACAGGGAGAAGUGGCAGCAGCAUAGGUGCAGUUUCAAGUUCCCCUCAGCUGGAAGGUGCUUACAGUCUAGCCAGGGAGCAGGGGACUGGGAAAAGUGGUGCCAGUGCAGCUUCCAGCUGUCUUGCCCUGGCACAGGCACAGGAAACCCCCCUUGCUACUGACAUGCCACCAAAGCCACCUAGUUUGCACCAGAUUGGAGCCAGGUUAUUCUGGCCCACAGCCUGAAAAGGUUGCUGGCCCCCUUCACCAGAAGCUUUGUUGUAUAUCAAGGCUGCAGUACUCUGGGUCCAAUGCAAACAGUUGGUGACAGCCCCUGUGCCAAAGAGCUUACAGCCCUGGGUUUGAGCAGGAUAAUUUGUCUUUGUGCUGCCCAGGACUGGGGAGGGGCAGUGCCUAUUGAAGGAUCGGGUGGUGAUUCUCUAAGCUGCAGUAGGGAGGUUCUUCUCUUGGUAACCGCUGCUUGU